GUAGUGAGUGGUUGUGUAGGGUGUAGCCCAUAAGGACGGGUAAUUCAUCACUGUCAUCGAUUACAUUGUGACGAACCCCCCUCUGGUCACGAUAGAGAGAGUUAUGGUUGGCCUACGCUAUCACGUGCUUAUGCUAAUAGCAGAGGCAGAGGUGGAGCCAAACCACAGUUAAGCGACAUCAGCAAAGAAAAAUUAUUUCCAUCCAAUUCACCUCGAUAUUAAUGGUAUCAUUGGUCAUGAGUUCGUUUUUGAUGAACUCUUCGCCAGCGGCCUAUGCGUCGGCCGAUCCUAAGUUCCCGCCGACCGAAGAGUACUCUCAAUCCAAUUACAUUCCCACUCUUCAAGACUUUUACGGCCAAAGUGCUCAACAAUCCAACUCUCAAAUCGGCCCAAACACUCAUCAAUCCCACUAUGGAUACCAUCCGCACCAUCCGGCUCUCAACUACAUGGAUCAGAGCCAACAACAAUACCAUCAUCACCACAACCAUCACGUCGGCCCACCGGCCGCUCCGCCCCAGUACUACACUCCGUGUACGGCCGGAGCGAUGGGCUCCGGCGGUGGAGUUCCGCCACCGCACGGCUCCCUUCAUCACCCGAUCGCAGCCCAGCAUCAGAUAUCACCCCAUCAUCAGUCGUCGAUCGCACCACAAAUGUCACACCUGUCGCGAGUGUCGAGUCCAUCAGCACUGCAUCGGUCGCCUUCGCCCCGAACUCAGGCCUUAAGUAUUGUGGAGCCGCCGUCGCCCGGAGACUGCGGGCUCUCCGGCGGCAGUGGCAGUGACUCCGGAACAGGCAAUGGCAGCGGUGGCCAUCCCGUCAUCUACCCCUGGAUGAAGAAAGUGCACGUAAAUCAAGUUCAAAAUGGGACCGCUUUUAGUGGAAUGGAGCCCAAGAGGCAGAGGACGGCAUAUACUAGACAUCAGAUCUUAGAGUUAGAGAAGGAAUUUCAUUUCAACCGAUAUCUAACCCGAAGACGUCGUAUAGAGAUCGCACACUCCCUGUGUUUGAGUGAACGACAAAUUAAGAUAUGGUUUCAAAACCGAAGAAUGAAAUGGAAAAAAGACAAUAAACUGCCGAAUACUAAGAAUGUGAAGAAGAAGAACCAACAGAAUAAUAGUGGCCAACAGUCGACCAACAAUAGCCAACCGCCGCCACAAUCGUCACAAAAUGCUCACGACAUGAACUCCCUUCAGAUGGGGUCACAACAGACCCCUUCCCUCCUCCCCACCGAACCAAAGAGUGAGGCACCGACUUAUGGACUCACAGAACUCUGAGCCCAAACCAUCACCAAAACACAUAUACAGAUAUCAUAUUAAUAUAAUAAUAAUAAAUAAUAAUAAAACAAUAGUUACUAAUCAUAUGGACGUGAAUGUGGUUAACAUAAAAGACAUUAAACAAACCAAAACUGAUAUGACGUGUGAUAAAUAUUCAAUGAAUUCACUGUUAUAUUAUUUGGCGAUAAAUUUCUCAUAACAUGUAUUACUCGACUCAAUAGACGAAAAAACAUAUAUUUUGCUCGAAAUCCAGUUCACAGACCAAAGCCAAAAGGCCUGAUAUGACUGAAACAGACUCUGGGGCUAAACCAACCAUUUUUUCAACAUUCCUGUGA